CCACACCCUCUAGUUCAGCCACGCCCACCUUGUCUGCAGAGCUCAAGGGAGAAAUGGGAAAUGAAGGAGGAAAGCUUUUGGACACUACAACUCCCGAGGGAGUCCAGGCAAUGGACGAGAACCUACAGAGGAAGUUUUCCAAAGGAAUACAGUACAACAUGAAAGUUUUGAUCCGUGGUGAUCGUAAUACGGGGAAGUCUUGUCUAUUUAGACGGAUGCAGGGAAAACCGUUCACCGAGUCGUACAUACCGACCAAUGAGAUUCAAGUUGGGCACAUACAGUGGACAUAUCCAUGUACAAACGACAUGGUAAAGGUUGAAAUAUGGGAUGUCGUUGAUCAAGGUCGAUCUACAAAAAAAGGAAAAGACGUCCCAUUAAAAUUAAGCAACGAAGCUGAUGCAUCUCAGGACAUGGCACUUGAUGCUAGUUUUCUUGACGUCUAUAAAGGAGCUCACUGCGUCGUUCUAAUGUAUGACAUCACUAAACAAUGGACCUGGCAAUACAUUGAGAGAGAAUUACAACACAUUCCGCUACAUUUGCCGAUUGUCGUUAUCGGUAACUAUUUAGAUAUGAGAGAGCAUCGAUCAGUUUCAAUGGAGGAUGCCGAAUUCUACGUUACUCAUUUAAACAGGCCGGAGGGUGCUGCUGAUAUAAGAUAUGCCGAGAGUUGCAUGAAGAAUGGCUAUGGUCUUAGAUAUUUACACAAAUUUCUAAGCAUCCCUUUUCUUCAACUGCAACAAGAGACAUUGCUCCAUCAAUUAAAGACAAACCGAGAACAGAUAAUGCUUGUGAGUGAAGGACUUGAUUCUAAAGAAGACCAGGAUUACGACAAAUUUUUAUCAGAUAGAGCGAACCCCAAGGCUCCAAAGAAUCGACCUGUUCCUGAGGCCCCACCCACUAACACACCUCCAGGCCAUACUCCCGAACUACCCGUCAAGUCAACAGAGAAAGAGAUGGUGAAAGAACCUCCACCUCCGAAAAUACCAACCGAGGAGAGUACUGAUGGUGGAUCAAUAGCUAAGAAACUAUCGUCGAGAUUUACUGGGUUUUUAUCAAAAUCUAAAACAAAAGAACCAACCAAUGCACCUUCGCCUAAAUCUCCUCCUGGCCGACCUCGUCAGAAAUCCCUCGGCAACGUUGAUGAUUUUGUCCCCGAGGGAGAACUAGACGACCAGUUCUUUGAAGGAGGCGAAGGAGGAGGAGGAGGAGAAGCAGCUGAUGAUGACAGCGACUCAGAUGAAGAGAGAGUCAAUCCACAAGUUGCAAUGGACGAAGACUUAUCAUCGCUUGAAGAAGAAGAAGAGGAGCCUGAACCUCCUCCUCCUCCUUCUAAACCCACAAAGAAGACAACCCCAGUCCAGCCAGCAAGAGGUAUACCGGCUACUAAGAGAAUCGAAGAGAGUGAGAGUGAGAGUGAUGAAGAUGGAGUCCAGCGACCGGUUGUUGCACUUGACGAGGAUUUAUCAAGCCCCGAGGAAGAGGAAGAAAAAGCUAAUCAUUCUACAGGGAUGCUUCAACCAACUCGAGCUCCUGUUGCUGUCAAGGCUACCCCACCUGCUCCUGUCAAGGCUACCCCACCUGCUCCUCGCCCACUCAAAUCAGCUCAUGAGAUUGCACUGACAGAGAGCGAGGAAGAGGAAGAGGAGAGACCUGUCGUCAUGAUGAAAGACGAAGACAUUCCGGAGCCCGUCUCCAAAGUUAAAUCCGGUGGAUUAUUAAUGACACACCAAACACAGAAACCAAAAUCAAGUGGUGGACUGUUGCUAGGUCAUAACGAUAGCUCUAGCCCUUCUGCUCCGGCUAAAGAGAAGAAGAAAUCGCGAAAGUCGUCGUCUUCGGAGAAAUCUCACAAGAAGAAGCGGCAGAAGUCCAGAGAUGGAGGGGAGGAAGGUGAUAAAGCAGCUGGUAGUCCAGUCACACCUGCACCUAGUGACCCGUUUGAUUUUAAUUCACUGGACGCUUGGCUUGGAGGAGAUGAUUCACCAUCAGUACAACCAAGAUCAACUCACGGGCUUUCAAGAGCUCUUCAUAAAUCAAUUGAAGAAAAUGAUGAGGAGGAGGAAGAGGAGCCAAGAGAGAAGAAGAAAAAGAAAAAGAAAUCAGACAGAGAUGUCGGAGGAGACGGAAGCAUAAAGAAGAAAAAGAGGAGUAAAUCUAAAAAAUCAGAGACUACCAAUAUCGAGGAUUUGUUUUGAAUUUGCUGCUAGUAUUGUGUACUUUAAUUUUAUGUGCUUUUAGUAAUGAAUUGAUGUAACAGCUUGUACCUACAAGUGCCUCUUUAUAAUAA